AUGGAUUUCUCACAGGCACCACAGGUGGCCUUUUCGGACCUUCCCAUUGUGCUGUUGCCCGAUGACGAUGAGAUUGAGAUGCGGGCGGGCAUCGGGCUCGAGCUUGAUACCCGGCCCAAGGUGGAAGAGCCGCCACGAGCACCCGCCCCUCAACAUCCCAUUCCGUCUAUGCAGCAUGCUUUUGCGGAAUCACUCGUAGAAGCCACUGGGGCGGACGCUGAAAACAAACCAAAGCUGCGCACUGGCGAUGCCAAGGCAAGACGGGAGGAACUUUUGGACCAGGCCAGCUCCGACCCGCCCCCAACGGCCCUCUGGCGUGGGCGGCCGGGCCAGAAGGAACAUGAGCUCUGCAGGCUGAUUGCCCAGAUAUCAUUUGGUGUGUAUCUGCUCCUCCAUGGCAUGGCGAACAGCCAGACACUAGUCGUAUCCAUCCUACAGGGCCAUAUUGACGAGGUGGAUGAGUUCUUGGAGACCACGGUGGAGGAUAUCGAGCUGGCCACGAGGGAUAUGGAGGAUCGCAUCAAGCACCUCAAGCUGCCCAUGGACAACAUUGGUGUUUUUGAGAAGAUGCUGGAGGACCGCCAAUUCCGAACGCAGAUCCUAGAAGGGAACCAAAAGAUCGAGCAUAUCUUGGCUCGCACUCAGGCUGCGCUCGACCAGACGACCCGUGAUUUGUCCGAGGGUCUGGGGGCCACUAGGGACUUCACCAUUUACUUGGCUGAGCAGCAGCAUGGAAACUGGCGUCGGGAUCGCCCCGAUGUGAUCGACAUUUUCGACGCCAUGAAGGGGAACACAGACGGGUGGUUUAAUGCGUUCAUGGAUUUGCAAGCUAAAGCCGGCAGCUUGAACACCCUUAUGGUCAGGCUAACUGACAUGGUGUCCGAGAUGGAGCGAAGGGCGGCAGAAGUGAGCCGCAAAACUCGGCUUAGCCUCCAACCGCAUUCGCCAAAGCACAGCCCUCGGCUAUCGGAUACGUCGUCCGUUACCACUCCCCCAACUUCACCGCUCCCCAAGAUCACAACCUCGCCCCCGCGGCUCUCGUUACGACUGAGCACCCUCAAAACGGUAGAUCUCUCCAUUGAUGUGACCGAAGCAAACCUAUCUGUCAGGAAGGACAGUGUUCAUGAGUUGCCGAGCGGAGAUGGACUCUCGGCGCCAUUGUCGCCUUUGAUCGUCACUUCAAGAUCCCCGCCACCCGAGAAUUCGCCCCCGGAAUCACCCAUUGUACAUGGACAACACAUACAGCAAAUACCAACAUCGCCUCCCGCUCGAAAUCCGCGCCGUGUUUCGAAGCGACCAUCGGUACUCUUGGAUUUGCCCAAACUUGAGGUGUCCAAGCAGCCUGAGGGCAGUCUGGAAGAGGAAGUGAAGGAAGGAGAAAAUACGCAAGAGGAGACAUUGUACAUCUUGCAACCCAAAACUUACACGCCCCAGGCGACCCCCCAACCCUCACCUCGUGUCGCGGAGCGGCCCAAAUCGAAACAGGAAACCCUGCGACCAAGGCAAGCCUCUUUGGCCUCUUCGACGUCCUCGGUUGAGUCGGCAGCCCAAGUCACGAUCCAACCCACCAAGCCUCAGGCGCAUCAACUGAAGAUCGUCGAGAUCGGAGCCCGGACUAGUAUGAUUAGGAACAGCAGCAGGAUGAGCCAACGGCCGGAUUCCAGGCCGAUGCUGGGGCUCGAUCACCCGCCCCAACCACCACAACUGACGAUCCCUCAACAACCGGCCGCGGUGCCAACGCCGAGGGCGUCCCUUAGACAGCGCCUGUCCCUAAAAACUGGUCCCCUGGAAUCAAUCCAGGUCCCUCCUCCACAUGGUGGUGCUCUGCACCGACCACUACAGACCGCGCCCCGACUCUCCCAAGCCCCCGACUCCGCAUACGCAUCUGACAUGGAGCGCCCCCCGGUCCACUCUAUGGCGUCCAUUAACUCGUCCAUGGUCGACUUCUCGCCUCCUUUUGCCCACCCAGGGAUGAUUCCCUCGCCACACUCCGAACGCCAAUUCUUCCGCCCCGUACAAGCGAGCCCGUACUCGCCGCUGCAGCAGCGACCCCAUACCGCCGGGACCGUGGAUCCGCACCGCUUCCCGCCCCCUCCCCGACACACGCCCUCGGCGAUGGGGAUGAGCAUGAUGAGCAGUGCUACCGGCAUGACGGGCAAGACGAGCAAGUCAGUGAAAAAGAAGCGCAGCGCGUUUGGCUGGCUCAAGAAGGCGUUUGCCCUUGACGAGGAGGAGCGCGCCACGUUUGAGCAGAGACGGGUCGAGCAAAACAGCAACAACCCUUAUUAUGAACCUAAGAGCCAGGAGUUCCUGGACGGCAAACGUGUUCGGCCGCGGCCCGCUUAUUAG